AUGUCUAAGGAGCAGGGCCAAGCGGAACAGCACGGACGCCGGUUGCCCGUUUGGAUGCUGUCACCAGCUGAAGAGAAAGAAGCGCGCAAGAACUUGAAGACCAUGGCAUACGAAAAGUGCUCGGAAUACGUACGCGCUAUGGCUGAGUGCUCAAAGGCGCACGGGCUCAAUGUGUUUCCUGCAUGCGAUGGGCCAAAGCGCCAAAUGGGGGAGUGCCUCUUAUUUUAUCAGAAGGACGAGUUUCUGGACGCAGAGUGGGAUCGCAUCGUCGAGCGCAAGCUAGAUGCGCUGGAGCAACAGGUGAGAGCGCGCAAGGCCGGUGAGCAAUAG